GCAGCACAGUUAUGUUCAGACCAGCAACGUAACAGUAUUAUACAUUGAAUUUAUCUCCCAAGGAGCGGAGUUUGUCAGCGCGUGUUUUAACACCUUACGCUAACAUCAUGGCUGACUCAGAGAAACAGCCCGAACAACCUAAGGCUGUUCAACUAAAAUUAGUUAUUGCUAAUAAGGUAAUGGGAACAGUAAAAUGGUUUAAUGUCAAAAGUGGAUAUGGAUUUAUCAACAGAAAUGACACCAAGGAGGAUGUAUUUGUACAUCAAUCGGCUAUUAUUAAAAAUAACCCCAGAAAAGCCGUGCGCAGCGUUGGCGAUGGCGAAGUUGUCGAAUUUGACGUAGUCAUCGGAGAAAAGGGUCACGAAGCCGCUAAUGUCACCGGACCAUCUGGUGAAGCAGUGAAGGGUUCACCCUAUGCUGCUGAUAAACGCAGGGGUUAUCGCGGAUGUCACUGGAUAUAUCCACGACGUGGAAACGUUCGAUCGCAGCGUCGACCACCACGCGAAGGACAAGAAGGAUAUGAAUCCGCUGAUGGUAAAACGGGAGAAGAAGGGAAUACCAACGAGGGUGGUAACCAACAACGUCGUUAUAGACCACGACGUAAUUAUGAUUAUUAUUACACCCCGGGUAAUCGGCAUUCCGGGUCUAACCAACAACAACAAGGUGAAAACUCUGGUGAGGGUGGUGAACAAGGCGGAAAGGGUACUGGCGAAGGUGGUGCCCCACGUGGUGGUGGCCGUGGUCGUGGAGGAGUACCACGACGUUUCUUCCGCCGAAACUUCCGCGGAGGAAGAGGUGGUGGACCACCUAGGCGUCCACGCAAUCAGGAUGGUCAGGUGACCGAUGACGAAGUUGGUGCCGGCGAGGGUGGACAAACAGAUGGUGUACAAAGAAUUCCACGACCUCGAUACAGACGACGAGUACCAACAACAACACGACUAAAUAAUAGCCAGCAGACGGCAAAUAAAGAAAAUCUACGACCUCCUUCUGCUGCUAACAAAAUUCAUCCUGCCACUCCUAUUUCCCAGACACAGAAUAAUACCACCACCACCACCACCACCAUCACCACCACCACCGUCACCACCAAGACACUUCCUGAAGUUUCCGAUAAGCACAUCAAAUCGGAGCAGAAGUCGGAUGCACCUAAAGAUAAGGAUGCACCUGCCGCUGCCCCUGCUCCACAGGAAAGCCAACAGGUGCAAAACACCACUACUGAAAGUACCGCUUAAAUUAAGAAGAAGAAGAUGAUGAAGAGGAAGUUAAACAAUUGCUACCAACACUAAAGAAAAAAAAUACAUAAAAAAAAAUAUCAAUCCUUUUAAUAAAUAACACCAAACGACACCCGUUAAUAACGCCGAAGCAAAAAAAAAAAA